CAGGGAUCACCAAUCUCUGCCCGCUUCUCGGCGCCCCGCCCCCUCAGCCGCGAGUCUCGCUGCUGAUUGGGUGGCGGGCCUUUCGCGGCAAUCUGCUCCUCCAAUCAGGAGUGAGGGACUGGCGAGCGUUUCGCGGGAAAACUUAGAGCCUCGCUGGAUUUUCGCGCCAGUCGUUGCUGAGGAAGAACAGUGAGCGGCCAUUACCCGCGACCGGACGCCUCGUUUUCUUAACCCUUUCUUCUCCUCGGUAUAAGAACUGAUAGAAAUGGCGGCUCCCGUUGCUAUGGACGUGGAUGACCAGGAGCUGCGGGAGGCUCAGCGGGAAUACCUCGACUUUUUGGAUGAUGAGGAAGAUCAAGGUAUUUACCAGAGCAAAGUUCGGGAGAUGAUCAGUGACAACCAGUUCCGUCUGAUCGUGAACAUCAAUGAUCUCCGCAGGAAGAAUGAGAAGAGGGCGCACGAGCUCAUGAACAAUGCCUUCACCGGACUCAUCGCCUUCCAGAGAGCUCUGAAGGAUUUUGUUGCCUCCAUUGACGGCACUUAUGCCAAACAGUACGAGGACUUCUACAUUGCUCUGGAAGGAAGCUUUGGCGCUAAACAUGUGACACCCCGGACACUGACCUCACGGUUCCUGGGUUGUAUGGUCUGUGUAGAGGGGAUUGUCACAAAGUGUUCUCUGGUUCGCCCCAAAGUAGUCCGCAGCGUCCAUUACUGUGCAGCCACUAAGAAGACAAUUGAGCGCAAGUACUCGGACAUGACCAGCUUGGAGGCGUAUCCCUCCAGUGCCAUCUACCCUACUAAGGAUGAGGAUAAUAACCCACUGGAGACAGAGUUCGGCCUCUCUCUGUACAAAGACCACCAGACAAUCACCAUCCAGGAGAUGCCAGAGAAGGCUCCUGCUGGUCAGUUGCCCCGAUCUGUCGAUAUUAUCCUGGACGAUGACCUGGUGGAUAAAGUGAAGCCCGGGGACCGUGUGCAAAUUGUUGGGACCUAUCGCUGUUUACCAUCUAAGCAGAAUGGAUACACAUCUGGCACAUUCAGGACAAUCAUGAUAGCCUGCAAUGUGGUGCAGAUGAGCAAGGAGGUGGCCCCUGUUUUCUCAGCCGAUGACUUGGCUAAAAUCAAGAAGUUCAGCAAACACCACUCCAAGGAUGUGUUUGAGCUGUUGUCCAGGUCCCUUGCCCCCAGUAUUCAUGGACACCAUUACAUAAAGAAGGCCAUCCUGUGCAUGCUGCUGGGAGGAGUGGAGAAGAUUCUGGAAAAUGGAUCGAGGAUCAGGGGAGACAUAAACGUGCUCCUCAUAGGUGAUCCCUCAGUGGCCAAGUCCCAGCUCCUCAGGUAUGUGCUGUGCACUGCCCCCCGUGCCAUCCCCACCACAGGCAGAGGCUCCUCGGGGGUGGGUCUCACUGCUGCAGUUACCACAGACCAAGAAACAGGAGAGAGAAGACUGGAGGCCGGCGCUAUGGUGCUUGGUGAUAGGGGUGUUGUCUGCAUCGACGAAUUUGACAAGAUGUCUGACAUAGAUCGUACGGCCAUCCAUGAGGUCAUGGAGCAGGGCCGUGUCACUAUUGCCAAAGCUGGCAUCCAUGCUAGGCUCAACGCACGCUGCAGUGUACUGGCCGCAGCCAACCCCGUCUACGGAAGGUAUGAUCAGUACAAGACCCCCAUGGAGAACAUCGGUCUUCAGGACUCCCUGCUCUCCCGUUUCGAUCUCCUAUUCAUCAUGUUGGAUCAGAUGGAUCCAGAGCAGGACAGGGAGAUCUCAGACCAUGUGCUGCGCAUGCACCGCUACAGAGGGGCCGGGGAGCAAGAUGGAGACGCCAUGCCCCUGGGCAGUGCAGUGGACAUCCUCUCCACCAAUGACCCCAGCGUCAGCCACGAGGAACAGCAGGAACUGCAGAUUUAUGAGAAGCAUGACAGCCUCCUGCACGGAGUGAAGAAGCGGCGGGAGAAGAUCAUCAGCAUGGAGUUUAUGCGCAAGUACAUCCACGUGGCCAAGCUUUUCAAGCCAUCGCUGACCUCAGAAGCUGCCAACUAUAUAGCGGAGGAGUAUACGCGCCUGAGGAACCAGGACCAGAUGAGCACCGAUGUGGCCCGGACCUCUCCAGUGACCGCACGUAGUCUGGAAACUCUGAUCCGUCUGUCCACAGCUCACGCUAAAGUGCGAAUGAGCAAAACUGUUCAGCUGCAGGAUGCUGAGGCGGCGGUGGAGCUCGUCCAAUACGCUUAUUUCAAGAAGGUGCUGGAGAAGGAGAAGAAGCGAAGGAAGAAGGAUGAAGAUAGCGACGCAGAGGACGAGGAGCAGCAGGAGGCGCCCGCUGAGAGGACCACACGGAAAAAGAGGAAAACCACUGCGGCAGAAGGAGAGUCACACGACCCCUAUGACUUCAGCGAUACGGAAGGGGAGACUCCUGAUGUUCGGUCACCAAAGACGCCAGAAGGCCGAAAAGCAGAGUCCUCUGAGAAGGGCGGACUAUCUGGAGAGAGGUUGAAGGAUUUCAAGGCCGCCCUCCUAGAUGCCUUCAAGUCUGCCCACGCCCAGUCCGUGGCCAUGCCAGCCCUCAUGGAGUCCAUUAACAAGAACAACGACUCUCCCUUCUCAGACGGCGAGGUGAAGGCCGCUCUGGAACUUAUGGAGGAAGCGAACCAUAUUAUGGUUUCUGAGAACAUAGUCUUCUUAAUCUAAUGGACUUUUAACUUUAAGGAGCGGCCGCUAUUGCUUUAAUGUAGGGCAGUGGUCUCCAACCUGCGGACCUCCAGA